UAAUAGUAAAUUAGUGUCAUCUCUCCUCAUAAAAAAGCCCUAGAUGUUCUUUCAUUUUGAAUAUAAUAUUGCUUCCAUACCUCAUAUUUUAUUACCUAAUACUUUUCUACCAUUCAAUACCAAACGAAUUUACAUACUUUUCAAACACGAUUUGAAAUUAGUCUCUUUUAAUUUUACAAUCUUUAGCUAUUCAAAAGUUAAAAUUCAUAUACUUUUACAUCCUAAAAGCAUUGUAACAAGAGACUAAAAAGUAAAAAUACAAUACUUUGCUAAACGUAGGGACUAAAAAUAUCAAAAAGAAAAUGGAACAUAAAACAUCAGAGUUUUAGAGAUUAAUUAAAAAUACAUUUAAAAAUAUAUUUUGAAAUAAAUAAACCACAAAAACUAUGAGAGUGUCUCGUAACAUGAAUAGUAGAGAACUAUAGAAGAUCUCAGUUGAAUUGUUAAUAGCACAGAUAGAAUUGAUUUGAUUUGUGCUUGAAAUUUGUUUGAACAUGAUCAUAUACAAUUGGCUUGGCAGAUAGUUAGUGUGUCCUUCAAAUGUUCUCUGUCCUUUUUUAUAAGUAGUAUAUUAACAACAGUUAUUUAUUCUAGCUCUUGUUAUCUAAAUUUAACACUUUGUUAACUUAACAAGAAAUCGCAUUUGACAGCAACAAUAGCAACAUAUGACAGAAUCCAAUUUACAAUUUUCAUAUUAUUAGAACGGUAACAGUAUGCAACAAGAUGCAGUUACGGUAGUUGUCAAUGACUGCUACUAAUGGCUGGAGAGAUGAAGUUCUUAAUUCCUGGCAUUUGAGCUUCCAUUUGUGAGCUAAAAUUUUCAUUUUUCUCUUGUUUCUUUUUCCUUUGAUUAAUCUGCAUUCUUUUUGUAGCAUGGAGGGGAAAAUAAACACAAAAAACAAGAAUGCGAUUAAUGACACAGUUUAUGAAUAUAUUAGAACAUGCAUAUCCAUGCCGCCGCGGGUGAAUUCAGCGACACCAUGGUUGCGCAUGGAUGAUUCUGAAAUGUUUCCAGUGAAUUCUUUGCCAGUGUUGCAGCUGCAGAUUUGUGUGAUCUUUUUUGGAACUCUUUUCUUCCAAACCAUCUUGUGUCGUCUAGGAAUCCCCAGAUUCACUUCAAUGUGCAUUGUUGGCAUACUAUUAGCAACUACCUUCACCCAUACAUGGAGCACGAUCGUUGAGAGGUUGUUCUUCUUCGAUUCCCAAGAAACUCUGGGUUUACUUUCAGUAUUCGGCUACAUGUUCUUCAUGUUCUACACAGGUGUCAAAACAGACAUGACCAUGAUCCUCAGAACAAGAAGGAGCGCCACAAACAUGGGAACUAUCGCUGUACUAGCCCCCUUUACAAGCGGCAUGUUCGUUUUGAAUCUCUACUCAUCAAAACACCUCCAACCAUCUCAAACAGGAAUGCUUGGAAUCAUCAUCAGCGUCAUCUCCUUCACGACAUUCCCCGUUGUUUCUUCAGUUCUAAGCGACCUGAAGAUCCUGAACUCUGAAUUGGGAAGGGUAGGCCAAUCCGCGGCGCUAUUCUGCGAAAUGCUCAACAUGUUCUUGACAUCAAUCAUGCAGUUCGCAACGCUAGCGUCGCGGCAUGGCCUUAACCGAGCUCUCAUCGGUCUUGCGGCCACGAUUUGCCUGAUUUUAUUGAUUUUUUUUGUGAUUCGCCCAGCCAUGUUCUGGAUCAUAAGACAAACACCAGAAGGUUCAAAUGUGAAUGAUCACUACGUGUAUUGCAUUCUCACAAUGGUGCUUUUUGCAUCCUAUGCAACGAACCGUUUUGGCUUCUAUAGUAUUUUGGGGCCUUUUAUUUUGGGCUUGGCUGUUCCUGCUGGGCCUCCUUUGGGCACUGCAGUAAUUAAAAAAAUUGAUACUUUUGCGAAUGGUGUUUUGAUGCCUGUGUUUGUGACUACCUGUUCCAUGAGGGUGAGUCUGAGGGAUUUCAUGGAUUGGAGGGAUAAAAAUGGUGGUGGGGGAAUUGAUAACUACAUGGUGCAGACUCUGGUCAUUAUAGUUGUGACUUCUGUUGUGAAAUUUGCUGUAUGCAUGGUGAUUUCUAUAAUGAGGGAGUUGCCGUUGAAUGAUGCUGUGUCUCUCUCUUUGAUCAUGUGUUCCAAAGGCAUUGUGGAAAUGGCUGCGUGCUCUUUGACCAGAGAUGUCCUUGGCAUACCAGAUAACGUCUACUCUUUACUAAUGAUGUAUAUCAUAUUAAACGCCACGGUUAUACCAAUGUUCCUACGUGGCCUCUACGAUCCUAUGAGAAAAUACGCAGGCUACUCAAACCGAAACAUCAUCAACCUCAAGAACAAUGCAGAGCUCAGAGUCCUCACAGUCAUUCAUAGAUCGGACAACAUCCCUCCAACAAUAAACCUUCUUGAAGCGACGUACCCAUCGAAAGACCAACCGCUAUGCGCCUACGUGUUGCAGCUCAGAGAGCUCAUUGGAAGAGCUUCCCCUGUCUUCAUCUGCCACGAGCUGCAGAAGAAGAAGAAAGCAGAUUCCAAAAGCUCUGUGGCGGAGAAGCUUCUCGACGCUUUCAAGAACUUCGAGAGGGAGUUCAAGGGUGCUCUGUCUGUGAUCGCCUUCACGGCAUUUUCUCCGCCAGAUAUGAUGUACGAUGAUAUUUGCAGCUUGGCGCUUGACAAGUUCACGUCGCUUAUUGUGCUCCCUUUCCACAGAAAAUGGUCAUCUGAUGGCAGCUCCAUUGACCUAGAGGAUGAGUGCGUAAGGGACCUGAACUACCAAGUCAUGGAAAGAGCUCCAUGUUCUGUUGGGGUGCUGAUAGAAAGAGUACAAAUGACACAUGUUUUCUCACCUGAGACUCCAUACAACGUUUGUGUUCUUUUCAUAGGAGGGAAAGACGAUAGAGAAGGACUUUUCUUUGCCAAGAGAAUGACCAAGAACCCGCAUGUGAUGCUCACGGUGGUGCGGUUCUUGACUCCAAAUAUGGACAUGGAGGAGUGGAAGACGGAGGUGGACACGAAGCUUCUUGAAGAUAUUAAGAUGAAGAGCAAGGUGGGGGACUCAAGGGUGAGGUACAUUGAGGAGAUUGUGAAUGAUGGACCAGAAACUGCUCUAGUAAUUCGUUCUUUGGUGAGUGAGUUUGAUUUGAUCAUUGUUGGGAGACAAGCAGGGGUUGAAACUCCUCAAACUUGUGGGUUGUUGCAGUGGACUGAGUACCCAGAACUUGGGGUGUUGGGGGACUUGUUAGUUUCCACUGAUGCAGCUGGGAAAGCUUCGGUGUUUGUGGUACAACAACAAAGAAAAGCUAUGGAAGAGUGGAGGUGGAAAAGAGUGAAUAACACAACAACCAUGGAAUGAUUGAAUUUUGGUGGUGUGUUUGAGGAGUGAGACAUCAUUUUAACUUUGAUUUGAAAUUUUUGUUUUUUUGUUUUGUUUUGAUGGUAGGAUUUUAGGAGGUUUUGUUUAAUUGUAGGGUGUAAAAACAUACUUGUAAAGGAGAUAGAUGUAGAACAAAAAAAAGAUAUAUGAAAAUUUGUACAUUUUAAGUUUAGGCUUUUUGUUUGUGUUAUGAUAGUUUAUGGGAAAGAUUGAAAAAAAAAAUUAUUGGUCAAGUUCUUACAUUUAAAAAACUUAACAUGUUACUGCUUUUACU